CAAGCGAAAACAGUCUUGAAAUGACGUCACUCUAACGGGACCUUAGUUUUUAUCUACUAGCCAUAUGAUAAUCGACUAUUGAAGGGAGAGUUUGUUUAAAAUUGUAAUAAUCGCAAUUCAACAUGACAAGUUCAAUAAAGUAUGUAAAGCCUGAUAAAGGUCAAGACAAAUUCCGAUGUGAAAUUUUUCAGUUAAUGGCAUCCAAAAACCUCUGUGAUGGAGAAAUUAUUCUAGUUGAAGAACAAACGCGGUUUCAAAUUCAUAAAGUCAUCUUGGCUGCUUGUAGCCCAUAUUUCAGAGCUAUUUUUACAUGUGGUAUGAAAGAAUCCAUAAGUGGGAAAGUAGUUAUACCAGGUAUUUCCAAAGAUAUUAUGGCUAACAUCGUGAAAUAUGCUUACACGAAUGAGAUUGAAGUUACGGAAGAAAACGUACAAGUUCUACUUUGUGUCGCAAAUCGAUUAGCUAUAAGUAGUGUUCAAAAAAUGUGUGAAGAAUUUUUAGCAUCUCGGCUAACUGUGUACAACUGUAUUGGAAUAUAUCAAUUUUCAAAAUUUUACGCUUGCACUAUCCUGAUACGAAAAAGCUGGAGUUAUAUCUUAGAACAUUUUGCGUUAGUUUCAAAACUUAGCAGCGAGUUUUUAAGUUUGACGUGUAACGAAUUGGAAGAAAUAGUCCGAGAUGACUGUUUAAAUGUCAAAGAAGAAGAAUCUGCGUUCUUAGCAUGUCAAAGAUGGAUCAUGUUCGAACCGAAGAUCCGUACCAGUUUUUCAAAACGACUUUUUCAAAAUUUACGCAUAGGUCUCCUACACCCAGAUAUUUUAGAUAAACUAAAGAAAAACUCGGUUACUGAAUAUAAAGCAAGUAUUUACCUUGGCCAACUUUAUAAAGAUAUUUCAUUAUAUUUGCAUGAAAUGCCUACUAUUUUCCGGCCGCGGAUCCCAAGUGAAGUAAUAUUUAUAACAGGCGGCUACGGUCUGGAUGGAAUUAUGUCGAAUAUGGAAACGUAUGAUGCUCGUACGAAUCAAUGGUUUAUUCUUAUAAAUCCAGCUCAUUGUCUUCGAGCUUAUCAUGGUACCGUGGUCUUGCAUGAACAGAUAUAUAUUCUUGGAGGAUACAAUGACAAUAAUAAGUAUUACAACGGUGUGCAUCGAUUUGAUAUUGCUACGCGUCAGUGGCAAGAAUUAUCGCCAAUGCAUCUUAGCCGCUGUUACGUUGCAAGUACUGCGUUAAAUGGACGAAUUUAUGCUUGCGGCGGUCAUGAUGGACUGCAGCGGCAUCGAGCGGUGGAAUGUUAUCACAGAUCAAGUAAUCAAUGGGUUUUAGUUGCUCCUAUGCGGUAUACAAGGAGUGAUGCAGGGAUAGCGCCUCUUAAAGGAACACGGCCCGAAAUUUUGGGGGAGGGCGCCAGUCAAUUAGAUCGAUCCCCAGUACGCAACUGGUAUUUAAUUUAUCGACCCCGAAAGGAUGAAAGGCAAAGUGGACCUCGGUGGAAUUUGAACUCAGAACAUAAAGACAGACGAAAUACCGGAAAGCUUUAUGUUUGCGGCGGUUUUGACGGACUGACAAGUCUAAAUACUGUGGAAGUAUACUGCGCCAAAACGGAUCAAUGGACACUUCUUGAGAACAUGUCGACUCAUCGUACUGGUCUCAGUGCAGUGAUUCUGAAUGCAAACCUUUACAUUCUUGGAGGAUUCAAUGGACAACACCGACUGAGGUCAGUGGAGAGAUACAAUAUCCAUGAAAAGAAGUGGUCACGUGUGAAGCCUAUGCUUGGUCGAAGAUCGAACUUUGCUGCUACCGUACUGGAAGGUUUUAUUUACGUUAUUGGUGGCUAUGAUGGUCAAACUGUAAUAUCUACAGUUGAAUGUUAUGAUCCUUACAAUCGAACGUGGUCGCCUCGUGCAGAUAUUCUAUACCCAAGAAGUGCAGUUAGUGCAACUACUUUGAAAUCACAAGAAUACGCACGAUAUUUUACAUUCUAUGGGCAAAAAGACAACACAUAACAGAAAUGUAUUCUGGUUACUUAUGGGCAUUUUUGCAGUUAACAUGGCCAUUGUGGUUGCCGUGGUCAUCAAGGAAAACAUUUUCUUCUUUGAGAAUUCUUUGUUUUGUUUUUUAAAUUAAAAAAAAAUUGUUUUUCAAUAUUGAAAAUGAAAUGAAGAAACAAAAAGAAAAAUAUAUUUUUGGAGAAAAUAUUUUACAAAACUGAAAGAGCAAAUCAAUGAUUUAGAAGCAUGUUUCACAUCAAGUGAAAAAAUAAAAAAAACAUGCAAAAAAAUUUAAAGACGGAAAAAAUAACAGCAACAGUAAUUAAACAACAAUAGUGGUAAAGAAAAAUUAUUAUAAUAAUAAUUAUUAUUAUUAAUGAAACUGUAAUAAUAGUAACAA